CUCAAAGAUCAAAAACUCCUUGAGAGCUAAGAGUUCAGCUAGUCUCGUGCAAAGAAACAAAGAUAUAGGAUUGUGACUCCUGUCAGAUGAUCUCUUCAGAAAAGCAGAAUUUUUACAGAAAAGUAACUUCCCACUUUCAGGUGGAUUUUUUUCAUCUCUUUUUGCCACUUUCUCAGUGGUCCCUUUUACUGGUUUUUGUUCUUCAUCUUUCCCUUCCCUGGCACUGUCCUUCAGACAGUUUGCUCUGCUUUUCAUCAGCUGAGCCCUCCUCUCUGCCUCCAGGGGUUGUGUUACUGACACUGCAUUUCAUUUUCUUCUUCUCCAACUGCCAGUCCUAACUCUUGUACAACCUUCUGCAUCCAAAAUAUUUUCCACUGUUAAAAUCUUGUUUGCUGUGUAAAUAGCAGUAGAAAGGAAAAUGAUCCCGCUGUAUCCAUUAAAAUAGCAGAACAUCAGUUUACACAAUCUUAGGCCCUAAUUCUGGUAUGUGUUCUGCAUGGAUGGAUCCCAGUGCCCAGGCAGAAUCCUACUGGAGCUCCAUGCAGAAGCAGGGAUCCACCCACAUAGAACAGCUUGCAUGAUUGAUGGCAUGGUCAUAUUUCGUACAAUUAAAAAAACAGGCCCCCAAACUAUUCUCAGUAAAUUAGCCUCUUCUUUUUCCUUCAGCAAGUUCACAUUAUCCAAGCCACUGCAAGGAAAAUUACACACUCAGUUAAUAUUUUGGAUCCCUUGUGUCCUCAUUACAGGAUCAGUGGAUGAAGUAUGCAAAUUGUUCAGCGAUGCAGGAAGUCCAGUCUGCUGACAUAGUUUAUGACACAGGGAAUUCCAAUGAGCAGUUGAAUGCAUGAAAGAGGCUGGAAACUUUUACAGUUGUUUUAAGGGAGGUGCAAGCAAGCCAACGCUCUGUGGCCAUAAUUGCAGAGAUGAUCCAUACUGCUAGUCUAGUUCAUGAUGAUGUCAUUGAUGAUGCAAAUUCUCGGAGAGGAAAAAUGACUGUUAAUCAAAUCUGGGGGGAGAGAAAGGCUGUUUUAGCUGGGGAUUUUAUCCUUUCAGCAGCUUCUGUUGCUUUAGCAAGAAUUGGAAACACUACUAUUAUAUCGGUAUUAAGUCAGGUGAUUGAAGAUUUGGUGCGUGGUGAAUUCCUUCAGUUGGGCUCCAAAGAAAAUGAAAAUGAGAGAUUUACUCACUACCUCGAGAAGACCUUUAAGAAGACUGCAAGUCUUAUCGCAAACAGUUGUAAAGCAGUUUCCAUACUAGGCUGCCCUGAUCCAAAAGUUCAUGAGAUUGCAUACCAGUAUGGAAAAAAUGUUGGCAUAGCUUUUCAGCUAAUAGAUGAUGUGCUUGAUUUUACAUCAUGUGCUGACCAACUGGGGAAACCAGCAGCAGCAGAUCUCAAACUUGGAUUAGCCACAGGCCCUGUUUUAUUUGCUUGCCAACAGUUUCCAGAAAUGAAUGCUAUGAUCAUGAGGAGAUUCAGUUUGCCAGGUGAUGUUGAACGUGCUCGGCAAUAUGUACUUCAGAGUGAUGGUGUACAGCAAACAACCUACCUCGCCCAACGCUACUGCCAUGAAGCGAUGAAAGAGAUUAGUAAACUCCGGCCAUCCCCUGAAAGAGAUGCCCUCAUUCAGCUCACAGAAACUGUACUCACCCGGGACAAGUGAUACACCUUCUUCCACUCAUUCUGGCAGCUACUUACCAGACUGUGCCUACAAAACUACACUUCAAAACAUCGUGGUUUGCUUCCAGUGCUGGUUACCAAAAAAUAUUUUUAUAAAAUAUUUUCUGAAAUUAAUAUACUUUAAGUUUAUGAAGAUGUUUGAGGGAAGCCAUACAACUAUGAAACAAAAUCAAUCUUAUUGUGCUAAUUGUCUAAUUGUGUUUUAAUAAGGGUGUUUGUUGUGGGAAGUAUUGUUUACACUUAAUAUUGAUGUACAAGGCCACAAUGAGAAUAAAGAUCAGUUAAAAUUAAUGGGUUCAAAAUAUCACUUCACACUUACAGUAAUAUUUAAUGUUAAGGUUUACUGCGAAACCAUGGUUUGAUUGCUUUCCAAGCUGUGUGUGUUAAACUUCAAAAGUACCCAAAAUGUUAUAUAGGAGAAUGGUUUAUUAUAAAAGACUGUACAUAAACUUUAACAAGUUAUAUACAAAUUAAGUGAAGACUUUCCAAUUGAUAAAGAAAAUACAGGUAAAUUAUCGGUUGCUAAUUUUUCAGAAGGUGAGAUUAACAGUUAAAGCAGAAAGCAUUUGGAAGUUACAAUGAUUUUAGGGAGGAAGGUGGGGAAGUUUCAAUAUUUCUAAUUUUACACUAGAAAAAAAAUGAUGCAGCAACCAAUCAAGCUUCCAGCUGCUAGUCUUUUAGCACUUUGAAGUCCAAAACAAACCUUUACUGCAUACUCUACUUCAGAUAAGCCAAGCAUUACAGUUUUGUAUAAACUGAGGUGAACAUCCCAUCUGACUUUUUGCCUAAAUUCCCAUAAUGCCGUGGAGAGGCAAAAUGCAUGUGUCAUUUUCCAGUAAACAGGCUGUGAAUGUCUGUCCCCUCUUUCUGUAUGACUGCUAACUCUGACACCUAUUUGGUGUAUUAUCAGCUUCAAAAUACAAAAUUUCUCCAGCAUACAGUUUGUGUUUAGUAAUGUCAGUUGCAGCAAAACUGAAAUAAAUUAUUAAAUUACAAUGAGUUCAACACUCAGCUGAGAAUCCUUUUUCAAGUACUUAAUUUUAGCAGUACUCAAACCCUUUACACAAGAUAAUUUUGAAAGAACUUUGUGGUAAGUGGAUAAUUUUCAGGUUUUAUAUAUUUGCCCACUAAUGUCAAUGUUAAAAAUAAGGCUACAACACUUGUAUUUAGUUUAGUACAUUGCUAGUGAUAACACAAUCAUAAAUUGACUGACUUAGCCAAGCAAUUAGAAGUGCUGACAAAGUAAUGGACAAGACCUUUGGUUCCACUUAUAUAUUUAUGAAUGGAAAAGUUGUAAUGCAAAUUUACUCAUUAAAAAAACUUGGUACAAAUUA